CCGGGAGUUGACCCGACGUGUUUCGGUCACGUCCUCUCUGCAGAGCUCUCCGACAUGACGUCCUCCUCACGCAGCCUCACGGAAAUCCAGCGACGGAUAGAUGAAGUCAGACGGUUCCUGGCUACAACUCUGAGCAUCGCCAACGCUCACACCGUGGAGUUUUACACGCACGGCGUGUGGGAGCGGUUCACGGCCGUGCCGCCCGAGGAGGUGCUGUCAGCCGUGGGUUCAUGCGGUGACCGGCAGGGGGCGCCAGAACACAGAGCGAAAGAGAACUCCGGGACCACAUUCGGGUUUUGCAACGCCACAAACCGGCUGAUUGACAUCCAUGAACUUCUGCAUGCAGCCAAGGCUCACUCACUCCCUGGCCUUGGAGUGUGUAUGAGCAGGGAUGAGAUACUGCAGGCCCUCAGAGAGAACUCGGAAAACCCAGGCACUGAGCUGGAGCCAGAAGAGUUCAUGAACUGUAAGAAAUCUCAUGAGGUCCAGUCCAUGUCUGAAGUGGUGGCCUGUCUGGCCCGGCACUGUGGAGUCAAACAGGUCAUAGAUGUAGGAUCAGGGAAGGGCUACCUGAGCUCUUUCCUGUCUCUGCAGUACAGCCUUCAGGUCUAUGGCAUCGACUCCUCCAGCACCAACACUCACGGAGCUCAGGAAAGGAACAGGAAGCUUAAGAAGUUCUCCAAGGCGUACCAAAAGCACAGCAAGGCCGUGAAGGCACAAAAAGAGGCGCCACAUUCACCUCAGGAGGAGCUGGUAAAAAUAAAGCCGGGAAUAAACCAAGACGAAGAUGUUUCAUGCGGUGAUGCAGCGGGAGUUGUGUCACACGAGGAGGAGAAAGUGUUAAACAGCCUAUCAGGUAUCAGCCCUGUCGAGGAAAUGCAGUCAAACCCAGAGACGGAUGAGCUCUUCCUUAGUGCCCUGUCAGUGGAUGUGAUACAGGAUACACCCCCCAGAGUUCCCCCCGUCCAACUGAGUGCCGAGGAAAGGGAGAGGAGGAAGAGGGAGAACCUGGAGAGGAAAGCUCGGAACAGAACCGACAGCGCCAGCACCUUGUUUUCACCCCUCACGUCUUAUGUUACCGCGGAAACAGAGCUCCGAGAGCUCAUCGACGAGCUGGAGGAUGCGGUCAUGGUCGGCCUGCACACGUGUGGCGACUUGGCUCCCAGCACCCUGAGGAUGUUUGUGGCUAAAGCGGAGCUCGCCGCAGUCUGCAGCGUGGGCUGCUGCUAUCACCUGCUGUCUGAGGAGUUUGACCCUGCCGGACAGGAGCGUUUGGGCAGCAUGUGUGGUUUCCCUCUGAGUCAGUACCUCCGCAACCAGUCCUUGUUCUGCGGCAGAAACGCCAGGAUGUCUGCGUGUUUGGCACUGGAGAGAGUUUCACUGGGCCAAGGGAUUCAGAUGGAGUCUCUGUUUUACAGAGCGGUCCUUCACGUUAUUCUGAGGGAUCACUACAGCGCCUUUAAAAGUGAAAAACGAGUUGGGAACGUCUACUCAAAGGCUAAAUCAUUUGUGGACUACGUCCGUCGAGCCCUGCGCAGACUGGAACUGGAUGAGUUAAAGCUGUCUGAUGAUGACAUCCAGGAAUACCAUGACGCAUACAGGCCGCGAAUGGGCGAGAUGCACGCCUUCAACAUGUUGAAGGUGGCCCUGGCUCCUUGUAUCGAAGGUCUGCUACUGCUCGAUCGCCUCUGCUACCUGAAAGAACAGGAGGAUUUAUCAUUCUCUGCACUGGUGCAACUCUUUGAUCCCCUGCUGUCACCGAGAUGUUACGCUGUUGUUGGACUGAAGAGUUGUAAAGACAGAACUUCUAGCUGACAAACUUAUACAUAUGCAUAUGAUUAUAAUUCGCCGGUCAUGAUUAUGCAUGAUUAUAUCAGCAAUCAGGGGUGAUUGUAUUAUGUAUGUAUUCUCUCCUGCUUGUUUUAAUUAUAUGUAUGAUUUAAUCUAAAUUCAUGUAAUUUAUUCUUGCCGUCUCUGUAUCAUUUUUAGUAACAUCUAUCUUUUCUUUUAUACACUUUGCUGUUUUUGAUUAAAAAAAAUAAUAAAUCUCAAAUAUUUUUAACCUUGA